CUCUCUUUUUGCUGCUGCCCACCGGCCCGUCCUUAUAGUUUUGCACAGAGGCUUUGCUGUCCUGUGAAAGAAGGAUCCACAUUGGCUUCUGAUGAUUUAAGAGGUUAAUUCUAGUCUCAACGAGAUAAUUUGGUCACAACAAUUCAAGAUGGCAAACAUGCUUCGAGAGAUUCAGGAGAUCGGCUCGCAUGCCAUGGAUAUCUACAACUACCUCUUGGCAGGAAUUGAUCCACGGCUGAAGGAAUAUCCAAUGAUGCAGACUCCUAUUGCCAUGUCUGCAACAUUGCUGUGUUACCUCUUCUUUGUACUGUACCUUGGGCCGCGCAUGAUGGCCAAUCGUAAGCCCUUCCAGCUUAAGGAAGCCAUGAUAGUCUACAACUUCUCGCUAGUGGCACUGUCGACAAUCAUCGUCUACGAAUUCCUGAUGUCUGGUUGGGCCACAACAUAUACCUGGCGAUGUGACCCAGUGGAUACGUCGAACAGUCCUCAAGCACUUCGAAUGGUCCGAGUGGCCUGGCUGUUCUGGUUCUCCAAGAUUAUUGAGCUCAUCGACACAGUCUUCUUCGUGUUGAGGAAAAAGCAUGGCCAGGUGACCUUCCUACACAUCUUCCACCACUCCUUCAUGCCCUGGACCUGGUGGUGGGGGAUUGUCUAUGCUCCUGGUGGAAUGGGAUCUUUUCAUGCUAUGGUGAAUUCCACCGUCCACAUCAUCAUGUAUUUCUACUACGGCCUGUCUGCUGCUGGACCACGCUUCCAGAAGUUUCUGUGGUGGAAGAAAUACAUGACGGCCAUUCAGCUGACCCAGUUUGUCCUGGUAUCUCUCCACGCUACCCAGUACUACUUCAUGCACAGCUGCGACUACCAGUUCCCCAUGAUCCUCCACCUCAUCUGGAUGUAUGGAACCUUCUUCUUCGUGCUCUUCUCCAACUUCUGGAUCCAGGCUUACGUGAGGGGCAAGCGGUUGCCAAAACAGGAUGCUAAGCAGUGUCAGAACGGCACGGCCGUCUACACCAACGGCAAGCACCAUGAGAACGGCGUCAACCACGGAGCGAGCAACGGCAACAGUCACGUGAGCAAGAUGAAGAAGGCCUAAGAUCCCUGGAAGGAAACACCUAAGAAGUGUGAACCGGUUUAUACUACUACGGAUUCCAAAGAUAGUUUUGGCUGUGUUUCUUUUCCUGUUAUUAGUUUGAAUUGCGACACAUGGGGAAAUGACGUGGUCAAUGAUUUCCACAGUUGGGCUCCAAACUUUUGGUUGCUUCUGUUUGUUCGUUCGUUCAACUCAAAACCUCUUUUUGAGUUGGGGAAACCAUUUAUGGAACAUAAAAAUGUAUGAAGAGAAGAUGUUUUGACCAAAAUAUUAUCUUCACUGAUGUUGCAACAAGCUCCUAGUUCAGUAUCACACUGGCGGCCUUUCACCCCACUUGCCUUCACUACUUCUCUGACACCCACAUCGCACUGACCUCCUCUUGUUGACAGAUAACUGUACAGUUUCUAUCAAACUUGAAAAUACUUUUUGUAAAUAGUUUUACAGCAAACAAAAAUAACUAAUUUGUAUUGGUUUAGACUUUCUAAAUUUUCUUAUAUUGUGUAUUUAAAAUUAAAUCUCAAUAAAUUCAAUCUUGAAUUAUCUUACACGUUUUGUGCGUCCGUAUUUUCACAGAAUAGGUGCUUACUGAAUGUGCGGCAUGCUUAGAAGGGUUCAAGUUGUCAGGGCUCUGGGGAAAGACUGCUGUGUUGCAACAAAGAAAAGUAUUUGCAUUGUGUGCUGAAGCCUCUUGUCUUAACCAUCUCAAAUAUGUGGAGCCAGUAGGAGGUUAACAAGAGCCCCAUUCUGCUUUGUCUGAAAAAAAAAAUCCAUCGUUAAGAGCCAGAGAGGGAGAGAGUAAGCAUCCUGCAGACCGGAUCUCCACCCACCGUUAUCAACCACGCGCGGGUUCAUCAGGUUCAGAAAUGCGAUCUUGUUGGCACUCAGCGUCCAUUCAGCCUGAAAAUGAAUGCAAGCUAAACAAACCACAGAUCCAGUACAUGAAAUAGUUGCUUUGUUUUACAGACUGGAACACGCAGCUUUUCUGAACUGAAUCUGAAGGAUUAUUUUUUGUAUAUGACUGCAUUAUCUUUUACAUUAAUAGGUGUUUCUAACAUUCAAGUUAAGUGCAUACCUCUAUGAUAGUGUCAAUCAAAACUGAAGUUUAUUAUCUUUGUAAAUGAGCUAUUGGAUUUGGUUUUACAGGUUUUCCCUAAUAAAGUCAAUGAGUGCAUUUUUUGCAUGUAAAAUCGUAA